AUGAGCUCAGUCUACGGAGAUCGUGUCAUCACAAUAGCUGCCUCGUCAGCUCGUGAUAGCUCCGAAGGUUGUUUUCUUGAACCGCCAGACUUCAGUGGCGGCCUCCGAGCACGAAUUACUGAUGGUGGUCGGCAAAGAGUACAAGAUUUUCUAUGCCAGAAGGAAUACGAUUAUUCUACCGUAGAAGCCCAUGUUGGAACAAGAGCAUGGGCGUUACAAGAGAAAAUCUUGCUGCCACGGACCAUUCACUUCGAGUUCUUCCCCGAAAGAGUCCGAGAAAGUUGUGCUCGGUCACCUAUCUACCGAACAGGGAUGUUUGAGUGGCAGUGGCCUCAAGUCGUUCAACUUUAUUCGGCAGCUAAUCUGACAUAUGAAAACGACAAAUUACCAGCACUUCCUGGCAUUGCGAAACUGGAAUUCGACGAGAAUGGCGAUCAGGAUUUGGCCGGGGUGUGGAGGAAAAAAAUCGAAGAGCAGCUUUGCUGGGAUCUGGCGGGAUGUAACGCCAGGGAGCGACCGCUCUGGCGAGCCCCUUCUUGGUCUUGGGCUUCCAUUUAUGGGCGGAUAGCAUGGCCGGUGUUAUACGGUGAUAUCCUCGAUACCAGAUAUGCGCAUGUUGUGGAUGCUGGCACGACUCCUUACGGUCACGAUCCUUUCGGACAGGUUAUUGAUGGAUUUGCCCGACUCGCUUGCUCUACCAUGGCAGCUGGCCACAUCGCUUACAUAGGGGCAUUAGAUGGAGCAGGGUGUAAAAAUGAUGCCGCAGUCUCGUUAAAUUUUCGUGGCCAAAUGAAGAUAUUCCCAAACUUUUUAGACUGUCUGGAUGACAUUGACCAAAACUAUAUUCAAUCUCUACAUUUGGUACUAUUAAUUGGAGGCUCAAUUGGCUUUGUUAGAAAGAAUAAUGUAGAUUUUGGUGGGGGAAAAGACAUCGUUGAGGAGCUCUACGAGCCUUUUUUACAAGUUCUAGAGGAACAAGAUCUGGCAACCGCUGAGGAAGCAUGUUCUGAGAUUCUUUCAAUUGCCAAUCCUCCCGAUCAUCGGUAUCUCAUCACUGUUUCAUCAUGUCAAUUCAAGAUACAUAGUGGAGAAUCGACUGUAUUUUAUCAAGUCUCGGAUCCCAAUGGAAGCUUUCCUUCUGCCGCUCUGCUGUUCUCAUGA